CACUUUUUAAACCCACAGUUUGCAAUAACUUCCGAGACAGAGAGAGGGGUGUCUCUUUUUCCUACGGAUUUUGCCCCUUAUCCUCGUUUUGCCGAAGCUUGUUGUCGGAUAAUCUUCUUGGAGGACUUGGAAAUUGACAUCUUUCAGUUCUAGAGGAGAAUCGCAACCGCAGAUGCUUGCUCCUUCCAAAGAAUGCCGCUUUUAAGUGAUUAAUUUAUGUGCCGCCAAUUAACUUCAUUUUCUUAAGCCGGCCAGGUUCUCCAGCAUGGGAAACAAGCCUGCGAAGCAAGAAAGGGAAGAGGUCUUGUUGAAAGUUGUUCCUCCGUUGGACCGUGCGUAUGUUAGGUGGCUUGCUCGCGAUCUUGAGAGGACUCAUGGCUUUACACCAGUGAACCCUCGUGCGGUGAAGCCACCAGAACAUUAUAUUGAGUACAUGCAUUUGAAUGGCUGGUUGGAUGUAGACUUGGGUGAUCCUGAUCUAGCCCAUUUAUUCAAGUAGAUAGCGACGGCGAUGCACUCAAAACCAGAUUUGAGAAGAAAGGAGUGGCAUUUGUACCAGUAUAGCAGUGAUUGGAUUGUGAUUUGAGUACAUAUCUGGCCCUCCAAUUUGAAGUAACAUUUCAAAUUUUGGAUUCAAAUGGGGCUUAUUGUAUGGAAUGGCUUAAUUCACUUUUGCUCUGGAAUCCACAUUUUACCACUUAACACCCUGAAACUCGAUUUUGUUUCACUUUUGUUAGAUUUUGUUUAUUUCGUUAAAUUAUUGUUAACUUGUUGACGUGGCCAUGAUGGUGACUACCGAUUUGUUGAUGUGGUAGCCACCUCAAUUGCUUUGAUACAAAUAGGCAUGUCAAUUGAUUGAAUUUUGAUAUGAA